AUGGCGGGAAAGCCAGGCGCGUGUGCAGAAGACGCUGAUGACGUGGACUGCGUUUCGACAAACCAAAGUAAAAGAAGAAAUGCUCGUGGAGUGUUGGAACGUGUCUUGACGGUACUUCAGGUGCAGUUAGCUACAGGAGUGGCUAAAGUCAAGGAUGUCACUUCUAGUGGAGGUGUUGAAGACAUGCGACCACUGGGAUGUGAUUGGCUGCGGAGCAUCUUGAAAGUGUCCCUUCUAGUGGAGGUGUUGAAGACAUGCGGCCGGCCACUGGGAUGUGACUGGCUGCGGAGCAGCUUAGAAGUGACUUGA